CCCCAUCCCCAUCCCCAUCCCCAUCCCCGUCCCCUGCCCGCUUCGGCGCUGUCCGGCGCUGUCCCGGCGCUGUCCCGGCGGUGUCCCCGUGUGUCCCGGGCCAUGUCUGGGCGGGCGGUGCGGGUGCUGCGGCUGGGCGCGGUGCCGUACGCGGAGGCGCUGCGGGUGCAGGAGCGCUGCGUGGCGGCGGCUCGGGCUGCGCGGGGCCCGGCGGCGCUGCCGGUGCCGGCGGCGGCCCGGGGCGGCCCGGAGGAGCCGGCGGCGGAGAGCGUGGUGCUGAGCGAGCCGGCGCAGCCCGUGUACACCUGGGGGCUGCGGGGCGCGCCGGGCGCGGCGGAGGCGGCGGCGCUGCGGGCGCGGGGCGCGGCGCUGGUGGCGGCGCGGCGCGGCGGGCACAUCACCUUCCACGGGCCCGGGCAGCUGCUCGCCUUCCCCGUGCUCGACCUGCGCCGCCGCCGCCUGCCGCUCCGCGCCUACGUGGCCGGGCUGGAGGCGCUGGUGCUGCGGCUGUGCCGCCGCCUGGGGCUGGGCACGGCCCGGGCUCUGCCGCCGCCCUACACCGGGGUCUGGAUGGGCGACAGCAAGCUCUGUGCCAUCGGUGUGCACUGCGGGAACCACAUCACCUCGCACGGGCUGGCGCUGAACUGCUGCACCGACCUCUCGUGGUUCGAGCACAUCGUGCCCUGCGGGCUGGAGGGCAAGGGCGUCACCUCGCUCAGCCGCGAGCUGGGACAGCACGUCGCCGUCAGCCACGUCCUCCAGCCCUUCCUCGACUCCUUCCAGGAGGUGUUUGAGUGCACUUUGGUCUCCUCGGAAGAGCCCGGGGUCUAGGAUCCUUGUGCUGCCUUGGCUGGGUGUGCCCCGGGCCAGGGCAGCCCCCGGGGGUCUCUGUGCUGAGACGAGUUCUUGUGCCUUUGCCUGUGGACUGUGAGUGGACCGUGGCACAGCAAGGCUGCUGCUUGACAUCCAAACCUGCCCUGGGAGUCUCCAUCCCUCGGCUGAGACCUCCGUGGGUGCCACUGACCAUCCAAACCUGCCCUGGGGCUGCUCUCUGCAUCCCCAUGAGUCUCCAUCCCUCGCUGAGACCUCCGUGGGUGUCACGUCCCCACGUCACUUGCUGGGGAAGUACACAAACAGGUGCUUUUGUGGGGUUUUUUUAUCUGCUUUUUGCCCUACAGAAAUUAAAAGAUUUGUGUGAAUGCUCACGGGUUCACAGGAAUUCACGUGGGUCAUCCUUGCUGGUGGGUAAAAGGAGAUUUUAUAUAUAAAGAGAGUUGCUGGGAA